AUGGAGGGGCUCUUCUUCAAUAUCAACAAUGGCUUUGUCGAGGGUAUCGUCCGAGGUUAUCGCAAUGGCCUGCUCACUGGUCCCGCGUACAACAACUUGACCCAGUGUGAGACCAUUGAUGAUCUCAAGCUGCAACUUGGACCUGUCUAUGGCGACUUUCUCGCUUCGCUCCCGCCCAAUCCCUCGACGUCCAGCCUUGCAGCAAAGACGACUGACAAGCUUGUUUCCGAAUUCCGCUAUGUCCGAGCUAAUGCUGUUGGCUCGCUGGCGACCUUCAUGGACUACGUUACGUACGGCUACAUGAUUGACAAUGUUGCACUGCUCAUCACUGGCACGCUCCACGAAAGAGACACCCGUGAACUGCUGGAAAGAUGCCAUCCGCUGGGGUGGUUUGAGACUAUGCCUGUGCUCUGCGUCGCCACCAACAUUGAAGAACUUUAUAACAGCGUUCUUAUUGAGACCCCACUCGCGCAGUACUUCAAGGGCAGUCUUAGCCACCAGGACCUCGACGAGCUCAACAUUGAAAUCGUGCGAAACACCUUGUUCAAGAACUACCUCGAGGAUUUUUACAGCUUUGUCAACUCCCAUCCCGACAUGGCGGGAACGCCAACCGCCGAGGUCAUGUCGGAAAUUCUUGAGUUUGAGGCUGACCGUAGAUCCAUCAACAUCACCCUCAACUCUUUCGGUACCGAGCUGUCCAAGGCGGAUCGUAAGAAGCUCUACCCCAGCUUUGGUAAACUAUAUCCCGAAGGCACACUGAUGCUCUCGCGAGCGGAUGAUGUCGAAGGUGUUCGGUUGGCCGUCGACGGCGUGCACGAUUACAAGACGUUCUUUGAUGCCGCCUCCCUCGGCGGCUCUUCUGGUCCCGGCAAUAUGGGAGGCGGUGCCUCUGACGGCAAGACUUUGGAGGACAUGUUUUACCAGAAGGAGAUGGAAAUUUCAAAGAGUGCCUUUACGAGACAAUUCACUUACGCCAUAGUUUAUGCGUGGGUGAAACUGCGCGAACAGGAAAUCCGAAACAUUACAUGGAUAGCCGAAUGCAUAGCCCAGAACCAGAAGGAUCGCAUUGGUAACUUUAUUAGCGUAUUUUGA